AUGGAGCGUGGCCUAGCCUAUACCAGGUCCUUCUGGCAAUGGCCCCCGUCAGUAACCAGCAAGCGUCAUCUUGACGGCAACCGUCAAAUGGACGGCGAUGACGACAGCGACUGGAAUGACGAGCUGGUGCCGUCCGUUUCCACCACGGGUCCUCCUACCCCUGAAUCCCCACCAGCCUCCAUGAUAUCAGUGCUGUUUCAAGGGGUGAGGGUGUCGCCAUGGCAUGACGUCCCUCUGUAUCCAGCCGACGACGAGGAUUUAGGGUUGGACCCUCUGAUGGACUCGCAACCGCGCUCUGAUUCGCUGGAAUCGAGCUCGCAGCUGUCGCACGGCUCUGCGACGUCCGCGACGUCGUUCCGAAUGAUCUGCACGAAUCCUGCGGGCAAGCAUCGCGUGCACGUGAUUUCGCCAACGGACGGUCAGAUCGUCGCCAGCUGUUGCGGCAAUACCAAGGGACCUCUCGCUGCUGCUGGCUCUUCCACUGCUGACUCUGCCACUGCUCCGGAAUCUGCCUCUGCUGGGUGCAAUGAUGACGCGGGAGGCUUCACGACGGUGGAUUUUCCCUGGAAUUGUGGAGUGCUGCCGCAGACCGCUGCUGCCUCGUCAGCGGCGCCGCUUGCAGAUGCUGACGUGUUGCUCCCUGUGGAAGCGGUAGACAUUGCGCCGUCCCUGCACUCAGCUGGAGAUAUCUAUGAGGUGCGCGCACAUGCAGUCAUCGCCAUACCCAAUCCCCUCACUCUAUCCGUAGCAUAUCGCCUUGUUGUGUCUGACAUCAGCGCUGAGUCAGCACCAUCUGAGCUGGACAGUAACGCGCUCAUGACAGUGCUGCACCGCGUCUGCGCGUGGCUGGAGUCAACUGACACGUGGCUGCUCUCAGGCCAUCCUGACGUGGCAAUGCAGGCCACCGUGGACCCUGAUGAGGUGGCAAAGCUGCUGCUGGGGGGGGAAGAGGAGGGGGCAGAGGGGGAAUGGGGAGCGGAAUGGCUGUUGGAGGGAGAGGAGGGAGAGGAGGGAGAGGGAGAGGACAUCUUGCCACAGAUGCUGGACGGCGAGGAGGCGAGAGGAGAGGGUGCGUUUGUGCUGCUGAAGGGAAACAUCUUGCCACAGCAUGCUGGCAACGGCGCUACUGCGGUUGCCAGCUUUAACCACCGGUUACCAGCAGCAGCCAGGUCACAGGGGCUGUUCCCUUACAGCCCCCCCAGUCACCAUCAGCUAGGUCACAAGGGGCAGUACCAUUACAAAAACCGCGGUUACAGGCAGCUAGGUCACAGGGGGCUAUUCCUUUAG